CCCUUCCCUCCCUCCCCAUCUCUCUAUCUCCCUCCCCGUGUGUGUGUGUGUGUGUGUGUGUGACAGAGAGAUAUGUGCAAACCUACAGUCCUCGUCAAGGCAUUUUAAUCUUCUUCUUCUUCCUCUCUCUCUCUCUCUCUCUUCGAGGCAUUUUAAUCUUCUCUAUCUCUCUCUCUCUCUCCGAGGAACUUUAAUCUUCUCUUUCUCUCUGUGGGUGUCUCUUUCUCACACACAAACACAAAGAGAGGAAUUUGAAGAAGUUGCGCAGGCAGGCCCGGACGGGUGUCUUCUCUUCUCAGAUUGCUUACGGUCGGUCUUCCUAGAUCUCAAGAUCAUCAGAAAUGGCAACCAGAGGGGAAACCGAAGGGAGCAGUUCUAGCCCUGAACUUUCAACGAAACUAUCAUUUGAGUUUCUGGAAGAUAUUACGAAUAACUUCUCCCAAAUAUUCUGUGAAGAUUCAUAUGGAACAGUUUAUAAGGGAACUCUGCCAGAUUCUAACAAAGAGAUUGCUGUGAAGAAACUUAAGCAAAAGGAAGAAAUUGCACCUGACAAUUUUGAGAAUCAGCUUCAGAGUAUUGUGGGGCUUAAACAUGAAAAUAUCGUAGAGGUGUUUGGGUUCUGCAAUGAAACACUGCAGAACAGUACAGAAAGGUUACUCUGCUAUGGAUUUUCUCCUAGUGAGAACCUUGAACAGCAUCUUUUUGAUACAGGGACUGAAGAGACGGAGCAUUCUUCUUCGACUGAACCUAGCACCAACUGGGACACAUGCUUUAAAAUAAUCAAGGGGAUUUGCCAGGGUUUACUCUUCUUACACAAGCAGUUAGAUAAUAAUCCCAUUACCCAUAUGGAUCUUAACCUGAAAAAUAUAUGGUUGGAUAAAGCAAUGGUGCCCAAAAUUGCCAAUGUUGAACUCUCCAAAAUCAUUAGCCAAGAACAGAUCAGAAAGGAAUCAUGUGGAUACCUGGCUCCAGAAUGUCUAAACGACACUCCCAGUGACAUGUCAUUUCAGACAGACAUAUAUAGUUUAGGUGUAAUGAUAAUACAAAUUACCACAGGGGAGAAGAGUCAGGGCAAAAUGAACGACCGUGCCUCAAGGGGUUACAUUGAUAAAGUAUACUGCGAUCGCAGAAGGUGGCGACGGAAACAAUAGACGACUUCAAUUAGGUGGUGCUUCUAAAGUACCCGAUCUCGGGUUCCGGGGUGAAAAUCCUAGGUUUGACCCUAUUUGGUUAUACCUGGUAAUGACAAUGUUUUUGCAUCAUUACCUUAUGGAAGGCAUUGCUCAGACCUGGUCUUAGUGAGAGAAUGCACGAUUUGAACUUCGAUGGUUGGAUCCAGCAACGAUGAUGCUUGAGCGUUAUUCCCUUACAAGAGAUGUUGACAUUGGAGAACCAUUCUUGUUGUGCUUGUGAUGUCAAGCGGUAAUUGGUGCAGAUGGUUGUUGCCAUAAUUCGUCGCUCGAUGUUCUGUUUGCUUCAUAUUUUUUUCCUCUUCGCCUAGGCAUACUUUGGUCUUGUAUGACGUUACUACUUGUAGACAUGAAUCUUUGUAUGUGUGUUGGUGUUAUUUGUGUGCAUCCUAGAUUCAUGAGAGGGUGCCAUAUUUUUUCAAUAAAGGGCACUUUAUUA